GCAGCUGGAAUCCGCCUGCAGGACUGGAAGACGGGAGGAUCUUCUUCUGGCUUCUUUUCAAGCAGAUGAUAGAAUCCAGGAGAGGAUAACCCCGCAGGAAAAUGAAGUUCGCCUGCCUCUCCUUCCGACAACCGUACGCCGGGCUGGUAUUAAACAACGUCAAAACCAUCGAGAGCCGUUGGCGGCCGCUGUUGGCCAACCAUCAAGAUGGGACUCUUGCUGUCCACAUAGCUUUUAGAGACUGGGAAGAUGACAGCUGGAGAGACGUUCUCUUGAACAGACUCGGUUGGACUUCGGCUCAGGUUGAAGAUCUGUUAGCGGAGGGGGAGAAAUUUGGCCGAGGGGUUAUUGCUGGUCUCAUCGACAUCGGAGAGACUUUUCAGUGCGCUGACCGUUUGCCACCUGAAGAUGUUUUACAGUUGGAAAAUAAAGCUGUUCUCCGGGAUCUGGAAGGAAAAUACCUGACAGUGAUUUCCAAUCCCAGAUGGCUGCAGAGAGCCAUUCCUGCAAGGGGACACAAGGACAUCUGGGAGGUGGACAUCCCAGAAGAUCUGAUUCCUGUCCGUUGAAUCCGGUUGAAUCCGAACUCGCUGUCCUGCUUGUGAUGGGAUUGAACAGAACAAGAGUUUCGAACACAGCAAAUUUAACUGUACAUUCAGAACUGCUUGUGUGAUUCCUUAUCAUUGGACUUGGAAUAAAUUCAGUCUCCAGGGAAUUCCGAA